AAUAAAGUUGUGUGCAUCGACAUGAGUCGUCGUCCCACUUGAACCGUAGCGAGAAAGAAUCAUGUUGUUGACACAAGGUGCGGAAUUGCUGCCCGACGAUCUGGUAGAGCUCAUCCUCGAGCAUGUGCCCGUGAAGCCUCUGCUGAGAUUCAAGUCUGUAUCCAAAAAGUGGAAACUCACAAUGGAUUCCCCACGUUUCAUGGAACGACACUUGAUUCGUCGCAAACAAUUACGUGGUCCCGAUGUCCUUAUCUUUAGUAUCUCCCCCGAAGAAGAAGACAUAGAGCAAGGUCGAAUAUUUGUGUUGGGGUCAUCAAUAGCUCGGACGGUCUGGUUACCUAUUACGGGCAACAUGUACUGCUACGGUAGUUGUGACGGUCUAGUAUGCACCUUCAGUAUGUGCGCACCGAGUGUCGUGGCCAAUCCCGCCACUGGAUGGUAUCAUAGUCUUACUCUUUCCAACUAUCAGACGUACAUGAGACAAGGAUGGACUCACUUCCCUAUCCAUUGGCUUGGAUUCGGUAGAGAUAAAAUAAGAGGCACUUUCAAGCCGGUUUGGUUGUAUAAUUCAUCCGGGUUUGAACCUCGUCAAGACAAGGCUGUUGUUACCUAUUGUGAAGUUUUUGAUUUUAGCACCAAUGCUUGGAGGUACGUUGUCCCUUCUUCUCCUUAUCCGAUUAGUGCUUGCCAUAAACCUGUCCAUUUAGAUGGGACUCUUUAUUGGUUCACCGAGUGUGACGAAUCCAUGGUACUCUCUUUUGAUCUUCACACCGAGACUUUUCAAGUCAUAGCUCCUUUUCCCCACCCUUGUCCUCCUUACCUGCGCAACAUUUGCAUACUCGAUAACCGCUUGUGCGUCUCUGAGAGAAAAGAGUUCACCCAAGUAAUAUGGUCAUUCGAUCCUUCGGGCAAGACAUGGAAGACAAUGUGCUCACUUGAUCUCACCCCAACUUCUUCCUGGUGGCUAAGUUACCAUGCGUUUUUACCAAUAGCAGUUGUGGACAAGGGUCGGUUAUUGCUUCAAAGCCGUGAUUUGAAGGACCCACCGGUGAUAUAUGAUCUCCAUACCAAAUCUUGUGAUUUAAUCUUCCAACCUAAUGGACGCACUCGUUCUGUUUACUAUUUAGAAAGCUUAUUCUCUGCUUUAUCAAACUAG